AUUCACUCAUUAGGUGGCGCGCGGAACAACCAAGAAUCUUUGGUUUGGUAACACGAGUACUGAGUUAGUUUUCCAACAUGGAGACUGUAUAUAGUCUCCAUGUUUUCCAAUAACUUUUUCUGCAUGGCUGUGACGUUCCCUAGUAUCUCCGUGGUAUCCACGACUGAAAGUGAAUAGUUCAUCUUAGUGUUGACUGUUGAGUGUUGACGGAGGACGCCGUGUUUUUAUUAACUUAUAGUAGCAGAUAAACCUUGUUAAUUUUUCUUACGUAUUUUGAAGCUUUCCAUCAUCAAGACAGAUUCAAUAUAUUUUGUCAUGGGUCGACUUGCUGUGCUUGUUGGAGAUAGUGAUGCAGAUGAAAGAUCAAGAACUUUUAUAUUUCAAAAUGAAGGACAUACUUUAGGAAAUGUUUUACGCUCUAUCAUUGCUCAUUAUCGUGAUGUGGAAUUUUGUGGCUAUACUGUACCUCAUCCAGCAGAAUCUAAGAUGCAUUUUAGGAUACAAGCUAAAAAUGGAAAAGCUGUUGAUAUUUUACGUAGAGGUUUAGAAGAUCUUUCCAAAGUUUGUGAUCAUACAACAGAAACAUUUCAAAAAGCCAUGGAAGAGUAUAAUAGCACCAAUGAAAUGGAUAAGAGCUAACAUUUGUUUUUCUAGAUUAUUAACUGUAUAAUCUUAAAGUUAUUUAAUUUGUAUUAUAUGUAAUGUAAAUAUUCCAAUAAAAUUUGUUACUCAAAGUA